AGCGCCGGGCGGACGCGGGGAAGCGGAGCGCCCCCACGCCGCCCCUGCAGCCGCUGCCGCGCGGACCCCACCGCGCUGGGCCGCAGGAUCAAAGCUUUGUGUUUAAAAUGGAAGUUGAUGUGAAUGGAGAGUCCAGAACUGCCCUGUCUGCCCUGCCUGUGCCUCUUGCAGAGGUGAGUUCUGCAGCCAGGAUGGAAGCAGACAAGCCACGCUGUUCCAGCACCCCGUGCUCACCAUUGCGGCGGACAGUUGCGGGAUAUCAGAUCCUUCACAUGGAUUCUAACUACCUGGUUAGCUUCACAACUGGAGAGGAGCUGCUAAAAUUAGCCCAUAAGUGUACGGGAAAUGAAGAGAACAAAGGAGAAUCUGGCCCUAACUUGGGCUCCAAACAUCUUGAUUCAGGACUGCCACGUUCUUCACGUUUGUACAAAACUAGAAGUAGGUCCUACCAGCCAUAUGAGAUCCCAGCAGUAAAUGGGAGGAGGAGGAGACGGAUGCCCAGCUCAGGGGAUAGAUACAAUAAAGCUUUACCAUAUGAGCCUUAUAAGGCACUUCAUGGUCCCCUGCCCCUCUGCCUUUUGAAAGGUAAAAGGGCUCAUUCAAAAUCCCUGGACUACCUCAAUUUAGACAAAAUGAGCAUUAAGGAACCUGCUGACACAGAAGUGCUACAAUACCAGCUCCAACACCUUACUCUUAGAGGGGAUCGUACAUUUUCAAGGAAUAGCACAUGAGCUAUCGUCUCAAAUUUAGAAAUGGUUUCUGAUCUUUUCGCUCUUUCUGCAAAAAUCCACUGUUUUACUAUGUACGUGACUGUCCACAUUGUAGGUGGUUUUAUCAGCUCAGUGUCACCAGAAAGUAAUUUAUUUGAGUACAGUCUUGGCAGUGCAGUGUUCUGCAAAUACUUGGAGAGAGAAAUCUUUCCUGAUCAAGCAGCUUCUGAUGCAGAUUUGACUGCAACAAGUACAUAUUUCUUCAGACACAUUUUAACAAAAAAACCCUUUUGAUUUCGGGAAUUUUUUUUUCUGUACCACUACAUCUACUAUUUACAGUAAUUCAACACUGACAAAUUGAUGAUGUCUGCUUGGUUGUUGCUAAUUUUGGGUUGAUGUUAGAAACUGCUGGAUAAGUACUCAAGGAGGUUUUUUGGGUUUACUUUUUGUUUCUGUAGUAAAAUGUAUUGUUUUUUCUUACAACGUGGACAGGAAAGUGAACUUGACUGGAAGAAUCACUUGCUAUUUAAACAAUCCAAUUCAUACAUCUUGAGAAUGUGCUUGUACUGGUGAUGUGGGUGAGAUUUGUUCGUAAAAGAAGCCUUUGCUACUUGAAUCCUCUUAAAUUAUUUUUUUAGUUACUGCAUGGA